ACCACAACCACCGCAACUUGCAACUCCUCAUUGGCCCAGCAAACAGUGAAUUAUGGUGUCCAAUACUUAAAUGCGAAUUUAACACAGCUGAAUGCAACCAGUUCAACUUACAAUUGCGUCUAUGAUUUAAUUUCAGCAGGCACCACCAAUCACACCUACCUCGGUUGCGUCUACAGUACGGUGAACAUUUGCAACUUUACACCAUGGUCGUAUACAGCUCGCCACUGCUUAGUGUGCAACGGUAACAAUUGCAAUCGCAAUCCAGCGGAUCGCGCCACUGGCAGCAUCUUCACAUUGACAGCGGCCAUUGUUUUGGCAUUUGUGGCAAAAAUUAUGUACAACUGAGUGGUCUCCAAAUAUUUUUAUUGUUUUUGUAAAAUAAAUAAUUGUUGUUAUUAGUA